AUGUCGCUUAUUCAGGAACUUCAGCAACGCCACAUGCGCGGCUCACGCGAUGCCCGCCAGUGGGUGGUAUUGCUUCUUUUCUGUCUUUUCAGCAGCUCAAACGCUAUUCAAUGGAUUACUUUUGCACCCAUAGCCACUCCCGCCCGCGAGUUCUUUGGUAUGAGCACAGAUCAACUUAAUUACUUGUCGUCUGUGUACAUGAUCAUCUUUGCGGGGGGUGUUAUUUUUACGUGCACCACAUUUGAGCGGUGGGGCGUGCGGCGGGGAGUUUUGAUUGGCUCCGGCCUCAACGCCCUCGGCUCCGUGUUGAAGGUGGCGCCUGGGCUAUUCUAUCCCUCCUUCACCACAAUGAUCAUUCCACAGACAAUCAACUCCAUCGCGCAGCUAUUCGUUCUGUCGACUCCGCCCCUAAUCGCCGCGCACUAUUUUCCACCGCACCGCCGUGCCUUCGCGACGGCGGUGGCGACCACAUCCAACAGCCUUGGCAACGCCAUUGCCCUAUUCGUGCCUCCGUUCGUAGUGCAGACCGCUGACCGCCGCUCCUUUACGAUACUCUUUGGCGUGGAGAUGGCGUAUUGCUGCUCGGUGUUCCUUGGCGUCAUCUUUUUCCUGAAGCCGCCGCGGCAUCCACCACGACGAGGGAGCCAAAACUACGAUAGCGCCCAGUGUUCUGCCACUGAGCGCGGGGAGUCGCGUGUGGGCAGCAAGGGCGCCAGCGCAUCUUCGCGAGGCCGGACGCGGCAGCCACACCAACACGAAGAUCGGGCAAACGAUUCGAUUAGUGCCCAAGAUGGCCGCCCGUCGUGGGAGCAAAACGAGCAUAUACGAGGUAUGAUUCACGUUGCUCACACUGGAUACUUACUUUUGAAGUCAAGAGACUUCCUUUUCCUUUUCUUCGCUUUCAGCAUCAGCAUGGGAAGUGUCUGGACUUUUGCUUCGGUGCUCACACAGAUACUUGAGCCAUUUGGGGUGGAACAGGAGCUAGCGGGUGUCAUGGGUGCAGUGAACAUCGUAGCGGGAACUGGAUGCGCCUACGCUGUAGGCGCAUGGGUUGGUCAGAGCAGGCAGUACAAAUUGACACUUCUUCUGUGCCUAUUGUUUUCUGCCGCAUGCUGUUCCGGACUUAUUCUGACGAUGGUAUGGGCACCGCCGAAUACGAAACUCAUGAGCGGCGUGUGUAGUUUUGUGUACAUACUGGCUGGACUUGGGCAGAACACGGCAAUCCCGAUCUGCUUCGAGUUCUCCAUGGAGAUAACACAUCCUCUACCGGAGUCCGUACCUGGCGCACUUCUCAUGGCUGGGGCAAAUGUAGCGUCACUUAUUCUGCUCUCCGUUUCCUCGGCUCUUCUUGGAGAAGGGCUAGCGACGCC